AUGCCUGCUUCAGCACGGUGCCGACCCACUUGCCAAUUUAGCGGCUGGCAGGCGCUGCGACUGGCGUGCCGCGACGGUCGCCUGCAGAUGGUGCAGAGGCUUCUCGAUCGCGGCGUCGUGCCGAAUGACGACGACAUCGACCCGCAGGGCCCCACGCCGAUGAUGCUCGCAUGCGCCGGCGGGCACCUCGCGUGCGUCCAGCACCUCUCCGUCCACGGCGCGAGUCGUAGCUGCACGGCCGCGUGGGCUGACGACGACCUGGCACCCAACGGUCUUCAGGUGCCGGACGGCGAGAGCGUGCGCACCGUCGCAGCAGGAGGCAACCACGACGAUCUGGUCGACUUUCUCGACCGCUCGGCCGAAUGGUGCACCGCGCUGCACCACCUGACGGUGGUACCCGCGGGGCGCGUGCGGCUGCUGCUGCGGUGUGGCGCCGACGUGCACGCGCGCGCCUCCGCUGCCGGCCCGUCGCCGCUGGACCUCGCACGCGCGCUCGGCGCCUCCGGCCGUGCGGAGGCCGGCACGGGUGCGGCGCUCGUCCUCGCCGCCGCAGAGGCGUGGUCGCCACGCAGCCACUCCCUCUUCCCGACGGCGGCGCGCCGCCGCGCCUCCACGCUGCUGCAGCUUGGAUACAUGAUGAGCGCGGCCUUCCGUGGCGCCGAGGCCGCGUGGACGGAGGUCUGGCGCACCGUGGCGGCGCUGCGCGCGCGCAUCAAAGAGGCCUUUGCCGCGCUCACGAACCAAGGCCUGCCGCCGCAAGAGGCUGCUGUGCAAGCCCUUGAGAUGGCGCGCCGAGAGCCCCGGAAGAUUCCGUUUGCCGCGCGGACUUCUCUUUGGAAGUCUCGCUUCCAGGCGGCUCCCGCGUGA